AUACCCGUUUUAAAAGUUUGAGGUUGACACUAUUGUUAUAUCGGACAUUUUUUACUACCUUACGUUAAGUGUGUCUAUUGGAAGAACUAUUGUUACGGUUGUGGUAGUGUUAAAAACAGUAAAAUCUUGUAAUGGAAUGUAGGUUUAUGACAGACCAAGCGCUUUAGAGAUAGGAAUUUAUUGCCUUUUUAAUGGAAAUCUGAAAUUGUAAAUGGAAUUACCUGAAAUAAAGUAAAAACACGAUUAAACAGUUUAUACGUUUUAUUUAAAUAGCACCAUCACAAUCUCUGUAUAAUGAAUAAAAGAUAUUAAACAGUGCUUUUUAUCGCAUGUUCUUACAAGUAUAAUAUUUUACAAAGGACAAAAAGUGAUACAUUGUUUCGGAUAAACAGGUGUUUUAAGACGCUGAAAAGGAUUGUAUUACUUUAAAUUGUAAAUUUUUAACUCUUUUGUAACAUAAAACUCGAAUCACUUUUAUGAAUCACCUUGUAGUAGGAAGUUAACAUAUCACACAAAAAUUAGCGACAUUUUAGGAAAAGUACAGGGUGUGGCAUUCUGUUUAUUUAGAGAGUGAUUUUCUUAUAGUCUUAAAGUUUAAAGUGUUGUAUACAAAAAUCGAAAAAUUGAGUUUUGUCAGUAGACACUUCAGAUGAUAUAAUGGUGUAAUCAAUAAUAAUUUCUGUGAAAAAUUGUACACGUUAUAAACAACAAUUGUUGAAUUAUCUGUUGAAAAGCAGGAUCGAUUAUAGUAGAAAUGUUAACCUUUACAUUAUUGACGGUAUUUGCUGUACUCUUAGUUUCUGUGGAUGUUGUACAUGGAAUAAGUUCGAGCGCAUGUUAUGGUACUCAUCCAUGUGACUUCUUCUCCAUGCAAUGUCCGUCAAAUCAGGUCAUCAAAUUGAACAAUUUAUAUGCUGGAUAUAAAAAUACAACCAUAAACCCGAUCUGUGGAAACGCUGAUCGACAUUGUGAACUUGAAGCAACAUGUUGUUCGUAUGCUUCAGGAGGAAAUGACAUUUUAGAACUUUUAACUUUAGAAAAUAUUUACCAUACGUAUACAAACUGUUCUGGUCGACAGAGUUGUACAGACAUUCAAGCUAACUGGCAACUGCUCGAAGCAACAGAUAACAAUGGGGAUCUUAUUUAUUCAUCUUUUGUUCAGCUAGAAUACGACUGUGAGGACGCAUCUUCUAAAAUUCCUUUUUGUGGUGGCCCAACUGGUACGAACACCGGUAUUUACAGCUAUGCUGAAAUCAUGUUUGACAGAAUUAAUAGUUUAUCUUACAUGCGGAAUAUAUUUGAACCCGUGCACAGGUUGAGAACGCAUAGUAAACUCGCUUGA